CGCUGGGCCCCUCCCCUACAGGAGCUCUAGCUGGUGGACCCAAGUACAGUAGAGCAGAAUGCGUGGGAGGGGAAAGACCCCGAAAAUGUCAAAGAAACUAGGCUCUGAGGGGGCCAGCAGGCCCCAGGGCACGCAGGGAUUGAGUGUCAGAGCCGGACCCGAGAGCCCCCAGGGACCCUGGAAACAGACGCUAGACCCGGCUUCUCCGUCAGCCUGGACAGCUGGACAAAGGCAGCGGGGAUGCGCUUUACCGUGAGGUCGGCUAUCCGUUCAGCACAAAGCCCUCAUCCCUUGUCUUGUCUCUUCCCUCUCCUUUUUUCUCUCCACUCAUCCUUUCCCUCCCUGUCUCUCGGAAUUAGGAAGGAUUCUCCUUCCCCCACAAGCUGUGCCACAACUCGCAAUCACGUGAUCGCGCGGUUACACAACCCCACACCUAGGGCUCACACACAAGGACUCAGAUCACACAGUUACAUGUCUGAUAUAUCGCAGUCUCUCUCACAUACAUAGAAGCUGUGGCCAAGUUACAUACUCAAAAACACACCCCUCCUCCUCGCUUCUUUCUUUCCUUCUUUCUCUUCUUCCUUCUCUCCCUCUUUCCUUCUUCUCUUUUUCUCCUUCCUCCCUUCCCUUCUUUUUCCUCCUCUUUUUCUUUCUCUUUUCUCUCCUUCCUUAACUUUUCUUCCUUAUUUCUCCUUCCUCUUUCCCUCCUUCCUCCCUCACUUACCUCCUUUUUUCCUUCUUUCCAAUCUUCUUUUCUUCCUUUCUUCCUUCCUUCCCUCCUUCCCAAGCUCCCUUCUUCCCUACCCUCUCAAUCCUUCCUUCCUUUUUUCCUUUCUUCCUUUCUUCCCUCCCUCCCAAGUUCCCUUCUUCCCUACCCUCUCAAUCCUUCCCUCCUUUUUUCCUCCUGUUUUUCUUUGCUCCCUUCUUUUUCUUUCUUCCUCCCUUUCUCAAACACACAUCAUCGCUCCCACACAGAGGCAGUGACUGCCCACAGAAGUCACAUAGUUACAAAGCCAAUGUAACAUCCUCCAGAGUCUGCCUUUAUCAGGUACACAUGGAAGCAGUAGCUGCACACUCAACAUAUCUUCCACAGUCUGUCUGUCUCACAUAGAGAUGCAGACACACAGUAGUGAAAGAGUGGCACGUAUACACAGCCAAUGUAACAUUCUCCCCUGUCUCUGCUUCUACAUUCAUCACACAGAGGAAGUCAUGAUUAUACAGCCCAAACAACGGAGCUUUCCCUGCAGACACAACAGAUAGAGCGACAGCCCUUGCGCUUCCCAUCAGCAAUAGGCUACACAGUGCUGUCAGAUGGUUAUACAUCCUCAAAAGUGACAGCCAGCAGGGCAUAGUCACAUCCCCAACUCAACACCUCCCCCCACCCCGAUCCGCGCCUGCUCCCCUUCGUCUCUUAUCUCAUUGGCACACUCGAUUAAACACAGAGUACAUCUCCCCAAACGCUUUUCUAGCGAACUGGUAAAUUGGAGGGAAGAUGCAGUCCGGGGUGUGGUGGGGCGGGGCUCUCUUCCAAGUCCCGGGGACUAGAGGUCUGCUGAGGUCUCCUGCUUUCCCUCUGCCCCGCGGCUCCGGGCAGGGGCCGUGCCCGUGCCCGCAGCGGGGAGGGAAACGCUUGGCGACGUGGAGUGGCCACGUGGAGCGGACCUGGGGCGGGGAUCAGCCGCGGCUACAGCGCGGCAGGCGAGACAAAGCCAAGGGGGCUCGUGGCAAGCCAGCACAGGAGCUCCCACAGCAGGGAAAAUGUUGUCCUUGUUACUGUGGCUAUGGCUGGUACCAAUGGAUCAGGCUGCUCCCAAAGAUGGGGCUGCCAGGUUAAGUGACUUGCUCCCUCAAGAUUUCCCAGAUGGGAAGCAGCAGAGUUGGGAUUCAAACUCCAGGCCUCUGAAUGAACCAAGGUUUUCCCCUCAGGACUGGAUAGAGGCUGAAGCAGGACUUGAUCUGCCAUCAAACCCCUUUCAGUCAGGCCAGGAGCAGUUUGGUUUAUUGCAGAAUUACCUGAAAGGACUGGGCCAGGCCUCUGGGGACCUGGAACAUUUGAGCCGAGAACAGGUGCUAUUAUAUCUCUUUGCACUCCAUGACUUUGAUCAGAGUGGACAGCUGGAUGGCUUGGAGCUUUUGGCUAUGCUCAAAGAAGCUCUGUUUCCUGGAGCCCGAGCUUCAUCUUCUACAAGCCAGGUGAUCAGAGUGGUAGACAAAGUGCUGGAAACCCAGGACCUGGACAGAGAUGGACUGGUGACACCUGCAGAGCUGCUCACCCUUCCUGGAGGUGCUCUGAGGUACAAAGAACCACAGGUGUCCUCUGUUUCACCUCAACGCUCAGAAAUUGUUGGCAGUCCUGCCUUGUUGGCGAUAAAGCUAUUAGAACAAGGCACUAGGGAGGCCAUGAUCCAGGAAGAAGUCACAGGCCCUGGAGGGGAAGAUGGAAAGAAAGCCACAGAUCUUGCACAAGAGGCUAGGAGCCCGGGGGAGGCCGCAGGUCCUGGAGAGAAUGACAUGAUGGUCACAGACUCUGAGCAAGAGGCCAAGAGCUUGGGGGAGGCCACAGGCCCUGAAGAGGAUGGAAAGAAGGUCCCGAACCUUGAGCAGGAGGCCAGGAGCUUGGAGGAGGCCAUAGGAAGCCCUGGAGGGGAAGUGGUUUACCAAAGCGAAGCAGGAGAGGAAGUCAAGGGUCCUUUAGGGGAAGUUGGAGAAGGGAUGGAGAUUAUUGUGGCCGAAUUAGAAACCCUAGGAGAACGUUUGGAACCUGGAGAGGUUCCAGGUGAGUUUGAAAGGCAUGCAAUUCAGCUGGAAAAUGAUGAAAUGUGAGUGUUAGGAUUAAGUCACAGUCCUGGAAGCUUUGCUCCUACAUGAAGACAUCAGACAGGUGUGUGUGUGUGUGUGUGUGUGUGUGUGUGUGGCAGAAUAUCAAAGUUGCUGGUGCUUCCCUAGAGCUCCUGUCUCAGCCCAUCACUGCUCACUCCUUUCCUGGUUCUAACCAUGGUGGCAGUCUUUAUUUGGCUCCUGGAGAACACAGUCACUAAUAGUGACUACCAUCCUGAAACUCAAAUGUCAUCCCAGAAAAAGCAGGUAGCUGCUGGGUCUGGUCACAGAGCCCAUUGACUGGUGCUGAAUGAGCAAGAAACUGAAUAGUGUUUGUCUGAUGAUGCUUGCCCACAUGUCUAGUCCAGGUGAAUCAAUACAGUACAUGGGCGAGGGGCUUUGGGGAAAGGAUGAGUGGGCAAAUGGCCCUAAGUAACCCAGGGAUGCACACAUCUGUGACCUCUUUAUAAUAUAAGUCUGAGAGAGUCUGAGCUAAGCUAGCUCCAGACCAACCUGUGAAAUGGAAAAUUCUCUAUGGUGCCAAUAAAUACCCUUCAAUCCCUCUCCUCA